UUAUUCUAUUAUUUUAUAUAAACGUGCGGCAGUGUCUUCUAUUCAAGAUCAUGGCCAAGGGAACUGUUCGAGAAAAUGUCGACAUUCCAUAAAAAGAAGUGAACUACUCUUGUCACCAGAAUAAUAAGUGUCACUCCUUUUAUGCAAUAUAUUGGAAUCAGCAUGCAUGUUUCUCUAGACAAUUUUUAUUGUUGCGAAAAGGAUAUUUUCACUCUCGUCGUACGGGUAUAAUAAAACGCGAAAGUGAUUCAUCCCCUCUUGAAAAAGGCAUCGCGUGUAAGCCUCUAAGAUCAGUAAUCUGCGCAUCUAGCAGCCACAUAUAUAAGAUGGUAAAAGUAUACGACCUGAUCUAUUUACUGUUAACUCGAGCAACGUGCUCGAAGAGAGAAGAGAUUGUUCCCAGAGACGAGAUCAUUUAAUUCAGGAUGGAACAUGGGGGAUACGCAAGAUUUUUAUUAUCAUUCUUCAUGGUUACUGCAAUGAGUUUUCCGAUGCAGAACAGCUAUGAUAGACGCAUUUACAACUAUAAACACUUCCCUGCAGUACGAUAUCAUCAAGUUAUGCCUUUCCAUAUAAAGCAAAAUAGAGUCAAUUAUAUCGAAAAAGGAAACAUUUACAACACGAACGUACAUAGAAUUGAACAAGGAGAGCCUAGAGAUAAUGAAUUUUCAGAAUCUCACGUCGAAUAUUUUAAACAAAUCAAAGAUGAUCAAGAUAUCAAAGAUGAUUACGGAAAAAAUUUUGAUAUUAAAUUUGUUGGAGAAGAAGGGCAAAGCGUACGUGAUUACCAGGUAUUAGAUGACACGCAUAAAACUGUGACGAUCGUAAAAAAAAUCGCGGUACCGUAUCCUGUAGAAAAGACUAUUAGAUAUCCUGUGAUCAAGAAAAUACCAUAUCCAGUUAAAGUGCCGGUCCCACAACCGUAUGCAGUCGAGAAGAAAAUACCAUAUCCUGUAAAGAUCUUUGUCAAAGUUCCUAUUAAAAUUCCGCGACCGGUACCGGUUGUCAAAGAGGUUCCGUAUCCGGUUAAGGUACCGGUGGAUCGUCCUGUUCCAGUCAAGGUAUACAUUCCGAAACCAUAUCCCAUCGAGAGGAAGAUACAUUAUAAAGUAAAAAUCCCAGUACCGCAACCCUAUCCCAUCGAACGAAGAGUACCUGUACCGGUAAAGGUACCGGUACAUGUACCUCAACCCUUUCCAGUCGAGAAAAUUGUUCAUUAUCCUGUGAAGAUCAAGGUGAAUAAACCGAGACCGGUUCCGGUCCCGAAGCCAUAUCCGGUACAAAUCGCGAAACCGGUUCCGUAUCCCGUUGAGAAGCCGGUGCCAGUUCCGGUCAAAGUGAAGGUGGAAAGACCGGUACCGGUUCCGGUGGACCGACCGGUGCCGGUCAAGGUCAAGGUUCCAAUACCAGCGCCGUAUUUAAUCGAAAAAAAGGUACCAUAUGCCGUUGAGAAAUUUGUACCUAUACCGGUAAAGGUACCGGUAGAGAGGCCAGUGCCGGUUCACGUGAGCAAGCCGGACGAGUACCACAUCGAAAAACCUGUUCCCUAUCCAGUUAAGGUGCCGGUCGCGGUGCCACUAAAUGAAGGUACCAAAGAAUACAGUCCUUCAUAAAAACGAGGCAUUAUUUGAUAUGAUAUGAUAAUGGAGUUGCUAGAGUAGCUGCCAGAGAGGCUUCGAACUUCGAUCAAGGCAUUUCUCGAUUUGAAGAUAUGUAAUAAUCAAAAAUAAAAGAACACACAAAAUUCAUAAGUCUUUAACAUGAGACUAAAAUUAAUAUAAUAAAUAGUUGAGCAUUUGCCUUCUCUUAAGGUAUAUUUAUUUUCAUUAUGUAGAAUUUUACUCUUAAAUGCAUAUGAAAAGUAUGUAUAACGCCAUCUUCGCAACAUGUAUUGUUACUGCGUUCAGUAUGUAUCGACAGAAUCGUCUUUAUCAUAGUGUACAGUGUUGCUGUGAAUAUUGUAUUAUUAUGAAAAUAAUUGGUUAUUGUUUAAUAAAGAUCUCCCCCGAACCGGUCACAUCCUAAAUGACAUUUUAAUUUAAAAUUUUAAAUGCUUCUGUUAAAUUCAAGUUAAUUGAUUUCAACUUUUGUUUCUAUAAUUGAUCAAUUAACAAUUUCAUCAAACCGAUUAACGCGUAAAAGGAGAUAAUCGGUCAGGCAAGAUGGUAGUAGAAUGUAAUUGAAUAAAUCGCAAUUAACUUUUUGUGCGAUACGAUAAUUGAUGUUUCUUGACCAUUAAAGUUUCUUUCUAUCACAGUCUUUCAAUAUCAGUCGUAUGUACUUUCAUAGUGUCGUAAUUACACGGAGAUUGGAUUGAUACAUUUUAAUUGAUCUCUGUAAAAUACUAAUCAAUCAACGAUAUUGAUUGUGAUUACAAAAUAUUCUUUUGUAAUAUUAUAAGAAAUGGCAUAAUAGAUUAUACAUGGUAUAAGAUUCAUGCUAUUUGUGUUUAACUUAUAUGUUUAACUUCGAAAUAAAUAUUUAAUAAA